AUGAAUAACAGAGAUGAUGUUCUGACUCAAGUCGUUGCUGGAAGUGCAACGGCAGUAUUCAAGACUACUCUAACUCAACCGUUUGAAUAUAUAAAGACAGUAUCCCAACUGAGGAAGACCAUACCAGGGAUAAAGCAAACGGUGGCUAUUCAACCUGUAAAAACAUAUUUUGUUGGUUGUUCUAUCCUUAAUAUUGGUGCCAUACUGAAGACUGGCGCAAGGUUUGGUACAUUUGAACGAGUUUGUCAACUGAUGAAGGGACCAGAUGCCACACCAGAGACUCAAUUAGCUGGUUGGCAAAUGGCCGUGGCUGGAAUCAUCACUGGCUCAGUUGAGAGUCUAUGGAUUAUACCUUUUGAAAAUAUAAAGACUAGGAUGAUAGAAAAUUCAAUGAUAUUAAAUGAUCGUAAUGAUAAAAUUGAAUCAAUUAAAAGAAAACAAAACAAUUUGACUAUGGAAAAGACAAUUACCAAUGAGACAGUUACAAAAGGGAAAACUUUUCACAAAAAAAUAUCCCAGGUUACCUCUGCAGAAGCUAUGAAUCCAAGGUACCAGGCAUACUUACAAUAUGAGAAGAAUCCUUCCGUAGGAAUGUUUAAUACAAUAGUUGAGACCUAUAGAACAAGAGGUCUAGGUGGAUUUGUUCAAGGUGGUAUGCCAACAAUAUUGAGACAAAUUGGUAAUUCUAUGGUUAGAUUUACAGUCUAUACAUCUCUGAAAAAACAAUUAGUGAAUCCUGGAGAACCACUUAAUGAAACAAUUGCAUUUAUCCUUGGUGCAACCACUUCAAUCGCUGUAGUGUCCUUAACACAACCAUUUGAUGUCAUAAAGACUAAAAUGCAAAGCAAAGAUGCUUGGAAGCAAUAUAAGAAUUCUUUAAAUUGUUGUUAUCAAAUUUUUAUCAAUGAAGGAUGGAUCUCUCUUUGGAAAGGUUCUGUACCUAGAUUAUUUAAAGUAGGUGUAUCAGGAGGUAUAUCGUUUGGAAUUUAUCAAUAUGUGGAAAACCUUAUCAUGCAAAUGAGAAUAGAUGGGUAUUUAAAAUAA